CCUGACCUUGGAAGCGGAACGGGGUCCUGCGGCAGGUCCUUCCGGGAGGGUGACAUUCAGCCGGCCGGUCGGCGCGACGGGCUUUCCGUCCUAGAACCAUGGCCCAGUUUGUCCGUAACCUCGCGGAGAAGGCCCCGGCGCUGGUCAGCGCUGCUGUGACUUACUCGAAGCCUCGAUUGGCCACAUUUUGGCACUAUGCCAAGGUUGAGCUGGUUCCUCCAACCCCUGCUGAGAUCCCUACAGCUAUUCAGAGCUUGAAAAAAAUUAUCAAUAGUGCUCAAACUGGUAGCUUCAAACAGCUUACAGUUAAGGAAGCUCUACUGAAUGGUUUGGUGGCCACUGAGGUGUGGAUGUGGUUUUAUGUUGGCGAGAUCAUAGGCAAGCGUGGCAUCAUUGGCUAUAAUGUUUGAAGACCAGUCUUUGCUUUAUUAUUUGGGUGUUCUUGGACCAUGUGUGAGCAGACUGCUAUUUGAAUAAAAUAAGACAAUGUGUCAAAA